AUGGACAUAAUUUGUUACCUGCUAGUUAUAGUUUUGUUUGACAUUCAAGCAUACGAAACUUAUUCUCCAUGUUUACGCGGGUGCAGCUGUGUUGAAGACCGCCAUGGAAGGUCGCUCAUAUGUAUGGAGGAGAGCGCGUUUGGAGCCAUACCAGAGAACCUUCCAGAUGAUAUGACCAAAAUACGAAUAGAGAAAUCUCACUUUACUGAAAUACCCAGAGGGGCAUUCUCAAAGACGCCCGCCUUGGAGAACUUGUGGUUGAACUUUAAUGAUAUCACAGUCAUAAACUCAAAAGGUCUUGAGGGUUUGGGGAACUUAACCGAGCUCCGUCUGCAAGGGAACAAGCUGCGUUCAGUACCAUGGACAGCGUUCGAGGACACGCCGGCCCUAAAGAUCCUGGACCUGAAGCACAACCAGCUGGACGUCCUGCCGGAGCAUGCGUUAAAAUUUUUGCCAGGUCUGACUUACUUAGACUUAUCCUUCAAUCGGCUUACGGUCAUAUCGAAGGAAGUUUUCCAAAACUGGCCUCUUUACCAAAAGCUACAGAGCAUGGGAGAGCGGGAGACGACCACUUUCGGCCCGAACGUCGUCCUGGCGCUCCACGACAACGCGUGGCUCUGCGACUGCCGCCUGAAGGGCUUCGUGGAGUUCAUCAGGUCCCUAAGCCCCCCGAUUAUACUGAUGAACUCUUACUUGACCUGCUCAGAGCCGGACUUUAGGGCGGGCAAGUUUUUCCAUGAGAUAGAGCUGCAGGCGUGUAUGAAACCUUUGGUCAGCACCCCGUCCUCCAACAUCAGCCUGCCUCAGGGCACGAACCUCACACUGCGCUGCCUCGCCAAGGCCAGGCCAGACCCCGCGGUGUGGUGGACAUAUGGUCUGAAGAUAAUCAGAGGAUUUCAUGAGUCUCAGGAAAGAGUGGAUGAAGACACCAUUAGAUCCCUCCUGGUGAUCCCCUCUCUCCAUGCGGCUGACCGUGGUGUUUACACUUGCACUGCUGUCAACUUCAUGGGGAACUCCUCUGUCAGCAUCCUCCUGGAUGUUCACUCUCCUGAUGGCUCCCACUCAUCAGGCCUCCCUGGCAUCCCGGCUGCAUCUGGUGCUGACAAUGAAAACGUCUACAUCGACAUCCGCAUCGCCAAACAGACAGUACGUGGCAUCUCCAUCGAGUGGUAUGCUGCCUUGGACCGCCCCGCCGAAACCUGGUUCACCAUCCACUUUGGCCGCGCAGAUGCUGAUAAAAAAGAAAUGAUCUACAUCGGCCCUGGGAUUCACUCUUACUCCGUCUCUGAUCUGAUGCCUGCUACCAAAUAUGAAAUCUGUGUAACCCUUAAGAAUCAGGCGCCUCGUCCAGGCCAGUGCAUCGUGUUUGUAACAGGAAGUGACAUUACCGAGAUGGAACAGAGGGAGAAACUGAUUCAUAUAGUGGUGAUAGUUUUAGCCAUGGUGCUGGCGGUGCCUAUAGGUAUGUAUGCUUGCACCACUGACACUAGGUUUACCUGUCUGGAGGGGGUCAUGGAGUCCUGGAAGAACCGGCGGAGAGAAAGCAGCUCUUCGGGGAUGGAGCGGGAGAGGCAAGGCACCUUCGACAGCCUGCAGGCCGCCAGCGACGAGGGCCUGGUUAAUAAAGAGUCCAGUGAAGACAGGAAGGUGAGGAGGAGGUCAGAUGACAGACUGCAUAAGGGCAAAGCUGACCACAGCAGACUCACAGCUGAACUAUAUUAA